UUAAGACUGCAGGUCUUUGCUUCAUAUCACCCUGGCUAGCUCUCUACUCUGAUCACUACAUGGCAUUCCAUACAUCGUGGUCAUGGAACCUAUCACUGAGCCCCGUGACCGCUUCAAUCUCUGCAAAGCACUCCUCCUGAUUGAAAGGGACAUCAAGGCUCUGGAAGAGCAGAAUAUACAUACCUUAGACCGAAAUGUGCUGCAGCGCCUUGAUGCUGGUGACUCGCUCGCACUAAAGCUUUUCACUUCUCUUGCCCCUCGUGACAUGCUAGAGCUAACGCUAGAAUAUGUCGACAGAAAAUACAAUACUGACGAGCUGACCCGGUCCAGUGACUGUACCCUAUGUUUGGAUCUAAUCACUCACCCAUUCCGUGUCACCAGGAUCGGCGAUUACAAGAUUCGCAAUCUGUACCGGACGUUCGAACCUGAAUAUGGUACCUUGUCAAUACUCCAUGUUGCUAAGGCCUCCAAGCCGCAUAUGAAAUGUAUCAUGCACAACGACCUCGACGUAGAUGAUAAUCAUCUGCUUUGCGGGGAAGUAUUGACUAUCAUUCGGACCAUGUUGGGCCAGCUCAAGCAAACGGUGUUUGUCAAUGAUAUGGUUGCACCAAUUCUGCUCUUUUCGCUCAACCGACGGCAUCCGCGGGUUAUGGAGGCAUACUUCGAUGGCCAGGAACUGUUGAUUCGCCACACUAAGCCCUACGACUUUACAUUUCUCAACAUUGCUGGGUUCAAGACCUUUGCACAAUGGUACCUGGGCGAUCCUAUUGGUAUCACGUCCAGAGAAGCGAUGCGGACUUGA